AUGGAUCUUCCUAUUGGUAAGCCUCCGGGCAUGACCCCGGGCGAGAUUCCCAAUGACGAUGAUAUGGGAUUCAAUGAUCCGCAAAAUCUCAUAUGGAUCAACAUGAUGGGAAGUGGUAUUAGUGAGCGGUUUAGGGAUCGCAUCGAGGAGUUUAAGGAUAUGCUCAGAUUGACUCACCAAAUGGCGACCAUCCACGCUGGCAUUCAGGUAAUGCAGCGGAAAGCUGAGGGUACCCUGCCUACUGAUAACAGUGACUCAUCUCGGUGGAAACGCUCUCAAUAUCGUGCUAGGGUCUUGGAAACCUAUUUCCAGGAUGGCACCUAUCCAUGGAUUAAUCCCUCUCAACACGAGACUGUUAGUGAGAAAGUCGACGUCGAAAAGCAGUCUUUUCACGCAGCAUUGGUUAAUACCAUGCUGAAAGGGAUUUCACGCGUCGGGUCACUUUCGCCACCACUCGAACGUAUCGUCAAGGGAGUUGCAGAUACCAUCAGUGGCACAGAGUUCACGCCUAAGCAGCAGUCUUUCUGUGGUAUGCUCCAGGUAUUGCAGUAUGAUGAAAUUAGAGACGAUCUGCGCGUGUCCAUUCGAAACAUUACAUAUACCUUAGACCAGGAGAUGUAUAAGGUUAUCAAGGGCAAAGACGCUCUGUCUCAGAUAAAUGUUGAAUGCGACUUAGGUCGAAAUAGCUUCGAGUAUAGCGAAAGGGCGUGGAAAAUGCUUCAGUCUGAAGUUGAACGAUAUAUCAAAGACAUUGGUAUUUAUAAUAUCGAAGAUCCGCUGACAGUUCAACUCUAA